CUGUAUGACAACUUCCUCGCCCUUAUUGUCUAUCAAUCAAAAGAAUAUCGAUUCCUUAGAGGCUUCCCAGCUAUCAUGAAUAUAGUCAUGUAGGAAAGCAUUGCUCCCGUUCGCUAUCCUUUCAAUGCACGGUCUACUAUGCUUACCAACGUCGUGGCUACCUAUGGGCUCUAUCUCCCUGUGAUCUUCUUUUACCAAGUCGUCUGGUUUGGACUGUCCUCUGUUAUUUUCGGCUUCGCUCUAGUGUGGAUCCAUGGUAUCAUGAUCAACAUGAAACUUGGUAGUAAUUACAACCCUGAGCUUACAGCACUGGUACCAACAAUUGUUCUUAUCGGCCUCAAGUAUAUGCAAUACAUGCAAGAAAGGGGUGUGAUCACACCAAGAGACUGGGUACUCGGCAGCUUGGUGCAGUUUUGUUUGGUUACGGUCUCCUCAAAAGCACACUUGGCUGGCUCCCUGAUUACGAUACCGUGUAUCCUUUCACUCAGGCCGAGAUGCAGAGAUGGGGUGCCAGGCUUGCAGGAUUAGCCGGAUCAGGAAGAGGCUGGGGGCCUUCGGAACCUUCCGGAGGCCGAAAUCGUACCGGACUAGUUUUCUUGAUUAACAUGCUCAGGAAGCUGCUUGAAGCGUUGAUAGUGGGCUGUUUCUCGUGGGCCGUGGAGGAGAUCAAUCCGCUGCCGAGUACAUGUUGCAGAAUCGUCAAGGCAUCUCUUUCGGCCACGCAGACAUCUGAGUCUGGCAAUACGGUAACAAAGUAGAGAAGCUGCUUUUGGGUAGCUUAUGGCCGCACGAAAAUGUCACUCACCAGCGAGAGCUGCACAAUUUGCGACAUAAGGGUUGAUCUCUUCGUACCGUGGGUGCGGCAGUUCUCCUCUGACAGAAGCGCCCGUAUCAAGCUAAGCGGAUUUGUCUGCAAACGUAAGGUAACCGGGAAGCGAGUCGGCCACCUUCAGUUGAAGCUAUACUUAUACUUUACGAAUU